AUGCCGGACAUUAACAGCUUGCUCACUUCGCCAUCCCCGAAUGGAACAUCUCCAUUGAACGCAUCACGCCCACGCCGAAUAUCUUUGAACCAUAUCGAGAGAGGCAAUGGCCCGCCUUCACCACGAUCACCCCCUUUGUCUUCACUCCAGGCUGCGGCGACUAUAAACCGUGGCCUCCAACGAUCACCGGGCAGCAACUCUCCAGUCCGCAGCAUGCACGGUCUGGAGCGCAGAAGAUCAAGUCUCAUGAAUAAUCUCAUCAUCAACGACCCCACCGUCCCUGCUCCUGGCGAGCUCCAGCAAAGUAGCAGCAACCAAUCCUCGCCGAGAAGCGCUCGCAGAUCUUUCGUCAUGGCCACUGCAGAUCCACACCACCACCGGCAGCCGAGUCUAGGAGAGCUGCACCAAGAGCUGGAGAAUGAGCAGGAGGCACAAGUCAACAGGCUACUGCAGAUGAUACGGCUACAGCAGGAUCAGCUGGCUACUCUGCAGAGGCAACAGCAGUCACAUGAGCCUUCACCAACUUCAAGCGAGCAAUCGCAUUUCCAGACACCACCGUCCACUAUUCAUACACCUGCCAGCACAGUGCCAACAGAGCCCAUAUACUCUCGACCUGGAUCAAUUUCUGGUCUACCGCCAGUGGCUCCGCAUGCUGGCCAUUUCAAUAGACCGCACUCUCUCUCGCGACAAAGCUCUUCCCGGCUGUCAAAUGCCGGUCAAAGCCCACGCGCCUUAUCUCCAGCUAUCAGACCAACAUCCAGCGGCCUAGGGCCACACACUGAAGACUUCCUGCUUGGAGGAGGGAGAGAUGAAUGUGCUUUCUACCAAGCCGAGACACAGACUUUGACUAGGGAGAACCAGAUGCUGAAGUCGAGGAUUCGUGAGCUAGAACGACAGAUAUCUGACGCCGGUACCACAAAUCCUGCUGCAACUGUAAGCGGCACAAUGAUGCCAGUCCCGAGCUCGCCACUAGCAAGUCCACCUGCGACCUCCACGAGCCAAGAAGCUCCUGCACUUUCUGCAGCGGCCGAGCCGAUAACGCAAACCGAAUGA